AGACUGUAUCAUCGCCUUUAUUAGCGUCUCUGUUUUAUCGCGUACAGUUCUCAAUCCUCACAUUACGACACCCAUCAUAAUGUCCACAUCCAUCAUGUCCCUCGCUGCCCGCACCGCCGCCAGACGCGCUGCCGUCGCACCCAAGCUGGCCUUCGCAGCAUAUGCACCCCGCUUCUACUCGAGCACCACUCAUGGCAACGAUCCUGAGACUCUCGAGACCGAGAAGCAACGUAACCUCAAAGGGAUUCAAGGCGAGACAUCAACCACCAUCGAAAAUGCGCCCGGAUGGAACGAAUACCUCGCUAGUGAUUCUGAGGCGGACGUGAAGGCUGACCGCUCCGAAUUGAAGCUACCUGAGCUUCAGCAGCUCACCGUGGAACACGUCAAGAAGAGGCAUCAUGCCACCGGUUCAUCUUCUGUCGACCCAAGCGAGCAGGGAAGUAACACGGCCGCCAUGUCGGACGGCGACGUUGUCGACGCGGUUUAUGAACGUGAAGAGGUGACAGGUCCUCUCAAGGGUGCUGCGAGCGGCUCCGAGUUUGUCGAGGAGGACAUCGAGGUUACUCACCGUGUCACAAGAACCCGCUGAGCGGUGGGGGAGGAAACACGGGCAGCAUUGUAUAGCAGUGAUUGUAUUCAUAGUGCGUUGAGGUUAUUGUCCUUGUAUGUGUAGCGUUCUUCCGAUCGAUUUAUGCAAACGGAGAUUGCAUUGGUCGACUUCUGUGACCAUGAUCAAACGAUUUGCGAAC